AUGGAGUCCAGUGGUUUUGAUUUGGUCGAAAUGUUCGACAGUAUGCGCGAGGAUAUUUUGCAUGACUCCUGUGUUUCGUUGACACCGAAAGAAUGCGAGCUGAUCCCGAAUAUCACGUUUGUGAUUCGCAGUUUCUCUAACAGCGAGGUUUGCAGCCUGAUAUCAGCCGGAGUAAGAGCCAUUAUCAGCAUGACCACAUGUUCUGUGGCUCAGGAAAUCGAGCAUGUAUGUGAACAGUACCACAUCCCACAUAUGGCUAUCCCCAAACCAACUUGUGGUAAUGAAAUCAACAUUUCUCAGGCAAAAAACGGAAUUGCGGACCCAACCGGUUCUUGGGAUAAAAAUAGGAAACCGUGGGUUGUGCUUGAUGUAUCCAUGGUAGUCCAAAUGCUUCGCGCAAUUGAGUUGACGGAAAUGGUUAGCAGAAAAAUGAUUUUCACAGAUGGAUACAGUGUCAUUCCACUCAAAGUGCUGUUAAGCGAAACUGAUUCGAUCCUAGAAGGCCAACCUUCUGCGACCCCAUCAACACAUGUUUUUCAUUUGGAUGAAGGUCUAAACGAUGGCGAGCGAAACCCACAUACAAAUUCCAAUUCACUGGCUUCCUAUCUGAUCUGGUUGAGGAAAGCCCUAAACGACAGUGACGCGCCACUGAGUUCCAACUAUUAUGAGCUAUUUGCUUUGAACCACGACAUCGAACGCGUCACAAGUGUGAUUUCGGAAACAUGCAUGCUCAAUAUCGACCAAUUCUGGGUGAUUGUGGAGUUCUCCGACCAGGCCCCGUAUCUAAUCACCAAAGUACUGACCGAAUCCCUAUCUGGCAGAGGAAAUUGCAACAACAGACGAGCUAAUGUUGCCCUUAUACGACAAUUUCCAUUGGACUAUGCCCUGAGUUUGUUGAAAGGGUUGUACACAUAUGAGGAAGAAGUCUACGUGAAAAGUUUAAGUGGAUCCACCAAAGAAAUACCAGAACGCCUCACAAUUGCUGGAUUCAUUGUCUUCAGUCUCAGCAAAGCUUAUGUCGGUUUGGUCAAAGAAGAACCCUCGUUCGCGGCCGAGGAAUCAUUGUCAUGUGAGACAAAUCAAACGUUCACUUACGGAGUCCGGUUACGCAAUCUGAUGUACGACCGGAUUGUUGCUUCCGAACUGAACAGUAAACUAUACCUGUAUGCUACACACACGUACGACUUUAAGUACAACAUGGAGUUCCUAUUGACCGCAAGCUUCAGCGGGGGCGAAUUAAAGUUGACCCCAAAUGGUGAGACCAUCGCGCAUGAGUCCCACGGUUCCGGAUUAUUUCCAAAUCGAUUUCGGGGCAUGCACGACACAUAUCUGCGGAUUGGUGUGGUUAUAGACCCACCAUUUGUGAACGCCAAUGGACGUUCGGCAACCGGCGAACUGCUUAAUGUGACCGGAUUGAUACCGGAUAUCAUGGAGCUACUUGGGGAACGAUUUAAAUUUCGUCAAUUGUUUUCCGACAUUUCUCGUUUCAAUCAACAGCGCAUUGACAUCGCAGCCGCGCUGUUGACACUCACAGACGAUCGCUCACUGCAUAUAAACUAUCUCGGACCGUUUCUGAUCUCCUCGACCGCCAUGCUUGGCGCGCGGGUUGCGUCGGACAAUAGUCUGUUUAAAAUGUUCAAACCGUUUAAACCCUCUGUGUGGAUUAUGAUUGCCGCGUCUGUAAUUGUGAGCGGUCUGGGCCUGUUCGCGAUCAAUCGGCUGAGUCCGUUCUCCGCGUGGAAUCUCGGCCUGCCCGGUGCUAUUGCCGAUGAGGUAGCAGUGCAGGAAAAUGUGUGGUCCACUAUCGGCAGCUUUUUGCUUCAAGGCAGUGAGAUUUUCCCUCUGGCCCUGUCCUCACGUGCCUUGGUCUUGCUUUUCUGGUCCGUAGUUGUCGUCGUACACGCAACCUGGCAGGCCGAUUUGACCGCUUACAUGAGCCGUGCCUAUGUGCAAUCCUCAAUCCGGUCUAUGAGAGAGCUUGCGUACAGUUACGAAUAUCAGCCGAUUGCGGUCUCCGGUUCCAGUAUAUAUGGAUCUUUUCAAUCGUAUCCGAUUCGUUCGACCCAAGAAGGUAUUGAUGCUGUUAUCGCGGAUCCAAGCUUGAUAUUCAUUCACGACAAACUGCUUCUACGCUAUGCGGUGUCCAAUGAGUGUGAAAAAAUCCAAUUGCUUCCAAUAACGUUUGCCGAAGCGGCUGCCGGUUUUGGAGUCGCCAAGGGACGGGAUUUUGAGAAAGCUUUUAGUGAUUAUUUGGAAGGUUUGCAAGAGAAUGGCUCCAUUGAUCGACUUAUCAACAAAUGGUGGUUUGCCCUGAAUAUAUGCAAGGACAAGGAACCACAGUAUCGACAAAUGACUAUAACCGAUGUGCUUGGUGCAGUGAUCAUACUCAGCGUUGCAAUCGGGUGCAGUUUUCUCGCUCUGUUCAUCGAAUGCGUGUACGUGCGUUGGUUGCGUCCAACGAUUAUGCAACGCAUACGACGCAAAGUCAGUAUCGCUGAUCGAUCGAUUGUUUGUAUCACUGAGCCAAGUGAAUCGAAUAUGGGCCAAUCAUCACUUCGACGACGGAGUAGUAUGUUGCUCAGCAUAUUACCUGAUCAGAUUGCGAACGAGUUCCGUUACGGCGGUCGACGCAGAGCAAUUUGUGCACACAAUGCAUUUAGUGUAAAUCUACCGUCGGACCCAGAUAUUACACGACGGUCAAGCGGAUCUGUUGCUUAUUAG